CUCGGCCUCCCCCGCGUCGCUUUCGCCGGACACCACCGCCCAGCCGCUUUCCCCUCGCGCGCCUCCCCCUCCACCUCCCCAAGCUUCCCCGCCCAUCUCCUCCGCCCCUUUUUGACCCCGAUUGGGGAAUCCGCAUCCGGCCCUGCUGUGGCAUUCAAUUCCCCGCCCCCACGAGCACGCAGCCUUCCCCCAAAGCACGCGCUCCCGGCCGGCCUGAUCCCCGCGGCCCGGUGAGGGAAGCCCCGGCGCCUCCCGAGACUGCUGUGUUCACAUGAUGUAUCAUGCUAAGAAUUUUUCUGUGCCCUUUGCUCCGCAGAGGGCUCAGAAUAAUGAGCAUGCAAGUAAUAUUGGAGCUAUUGGUGGAUCCAACAUAAGCAACCCUGCUAAUCCUGUAGGAAGUGGGAAACAACGUCUAAGAUGGACCUCAGAUCUCCAUAAUCGCUUUGUGGAUGCCAUCGCCCAGCUUGGUGGACCAGAUAGAGCUACACCUAAAGGGGUGCUCACUGUGAUGGGUGUACCAGGGAUCACAAUUUAUCAUGUAAAGAGCCAUUUGCAGAAGUAUCGCCUUGCAAAGUAUAUACCAGAAUCUCCUGCUGAAGGUUCCAAGGAUGAAAAAAAGGAUUCGAGUGAUUCCCUCUCUAACACGGAUUCUGCACCAGGAUUACAAAUCAAUGAAGCGUUAAAGAUGCAAAUGGAGGUUCAGAAGCGGCUACACGAGCAACUUGAGGUUCAAAGGCAAUUGCAGCUGAGAAUUGAAGCUCAAGGAAGAUACCUGCAAAUGAUCAUAGAGGAGCAACAAAAGCUUGGUGGAUCAAUCAAAGCUUCUGAGGAUCAGAAACUUUUGCAUUCACCUCCAAGCUUAGAUGAGUACCCUGAGAGCACGCAGCCUUCUCCCAAGAAACCAAGAAUGGAUGCACUGUCACCGGAUUCAGAGCGUGAUACGAUUCAACCAGAAUUUGAAUCCCAUCUGAUCGGUCCAUGGGAUCAAGAAAUCUGUGGGAAAAACAUAUGCGGCGUUGCAUUCCCAGUAGAGGAGUUCAAAGCAGACCCUGGUAUGAGCAAGUCAUAAAAGCAAAGCCUUCCUUGACAGGAAUUCUUCAUAGUUGACCUCUCCACUGGAUGAUCUCACUCGCAUGUGAAUAUAUAUCAUCUUAACAACAGAAUGUUGUUCGGAUCUUCCGGACCUGCACCUGAUCCCUGGAGCAACGGCCAGUUGUUGUUGUCAAUGUAGUAUUCAUCAUACAACUCCUGUGAUUAUGAGGAUGGUGUUACAAAGUUUGUAGCAAGCAUUUCCUUGGCCCUGAGUUGAACCAUGUAGCAAGAAAGAGAACAUGUUUACACGCAAUACAUUUGCUGUGAAGAGGUGUGUGAUGUUGGUUUUCUAUGUUGAACCAUUUCCAAAAUCGCUGUUACUUAUAUCGACUUUGUUUCAUGUCUCAAGAUGCAGCCAGGCAGCCAGCAACAUUCCAAGUAGUCAGUCAGCUGGAAGCCUGAGCAACUCUGCAUUACGCUGGACCAGAUGAUUGACUUGUUUCUUACUGUUUACUGGUGAAGGUUUCGGUGUCAUGCACUGAGCACUGUACAAUGCUCACUUCAAUUUGGCAUUCGGCUGUUUGGAAGGUUCCCAUGUUAGGUCGUUCAUAAAAUUUCAGUUGUAGUGCUGCCUGCAAUCAAAAGAACUUGUUUGAGAGAAUCUUUCAAGGAGUUGCAGCAGAACAAAGGGAAAGCAUAUAUUCUACCUUUUUUGACAUUUUUCA